AUGGGUAGCGAUCUCGAUCUGCAAAUCGAGCAACUCAAAAAAUGUCAACCGCUCUCCGAAACCCAAGUCAAGGAGCUCUGCCUCAAAGCACGCGAGAUCCUCAUCGAAGAAGGUAACGUUCAACACGUCGAUGCGCCCGUCACGAUAUGCGGAGACAUUCACGGCCAAUUCUUCGACCUCAUGGAGCUCUUCAAGCAUGGCGGCAUGUGUCCCGAGACGAAUUACCUCUUCAUGGGCGAUUUCGUCGAUCGCGGGUUCUACUCUGUCGAGACCUUUUUGCUGCUCUUGGCAUUGAAGGUGAGGUAUCCGGAUCGAAUCACGUUGAUACGUGGGAAUCACGAGUCGAGACAGAUUACGCAGGUGUACGGGUUUUACGACGAGUGCGUGAGGAAGUACGGGAGCGUCAAUGUUUGGAGGUACUGCUGCGAAGUGUUUGACUAUCUGGCGCUGGGGGCGGUGGUGGAUGGGAGGGUGUUUUGCGUUCACGGUGGGUUGAGUCCAAGCAUCACGACGCUGGAUCAGAUCAGGAGCAUCGAUAGGAAGCAGGAGGUACCGCACGACGGCGCCAUGUGCGAUCUGCUCUGGUCAGAUCCCGACGACAUCUCCGGUUGGGGAAUGUCUCCGAGAGGUGCAGGGUAUCUGUUCGGUGGAGACGUGGUGCAGCAGUUCGCUCACAGGAACGAUCUCGAUCUCAUCGCCAGAGCUCACCAGUUGGUGUUGGAAGGCUACAAGUUGAUGUUCGACCAGACCAUCGUCACGGUAUGGUCGGCACCGAACUACUGUUAUCGGUGCGGAAACGUGGCGAGCAUCUUGAAGCUGGACGAUGCGCUGAAUCAGAAGUACGAGACUUUCGAUGCUGCUGCACAGGAGGCGCAUGGUGUACCGGCCAAACGGCCAGCGCCAGAGUACUUCUUGUGA